AUGGCUGAAACGCGGAAGGAAUCUAAUGACGUUGGUCUGAGAAAUAUAGAUCCUAUCCUUGCGGACAGCCAGGGUCUGUCUACGAAUGCACGCCGGUUGCCUGUGAAGCACGACGCCCGCGACCCGGCUACGCUGGACUGGACGACUGACGACUGCAUGUUGUCACCCGACAACCCGCUCGGGUUCCCCUUCGUCCCGGCAUGCCACCGCCACGACUUUGGCUACAACAACUAUCACAAGCAGAACCGCUUCACGACAGCUGGGAGACUCAGGAUUGACAACAAGUUCAAGACCGAUUUGUACUACCAAUGCAACUCGGUGACGCUCAAGUCUCUGUGCCGGGCUCUGGCAGAAGUUUACUACGCUGCGGUGAGAGCGUUUGGAGGGUUAGACCCCAGCAGGCGCGACGCCGGCCCGCCGGACAAAGAGGCCGAGGACGAUGUCGGCCCAUGUGAUGACAUGGCGGCGGCCCACGGUCCAGAUGAUUCUUUGCAAGGACAGGGCGUGAAGUACGCGGUCGGCCCCGAGAGCACGGAUGGCCCUCAGGAGUAG